UGUUCAUGACAUCACAUAUCAAACACUGGGAACAAAUCGCACUCCAAGCUUUCUCCAUCUGUCAGUCUGUCUGUCUCUGCAGAUUUCUACUGGUUAAAGCAGCAAGCCUCUUGUUACUCAGAAGCCUGUGUGUGCAGAGGAAAAGGCAGCUAUGAACCUUCCCUGUGUGUGCUACUUUUUACUCUUGUCUCCGGCUCUGGUUGGCAGCACAAGGCGGGGUUACGAAGAUCUGGAAAGCAAACUAAAACAGAUUUCAAUGGAAAAAAGCAGCCUCCUGCAUCAGCUCUCAAAAUCAGCAACAGACUUGCAAGGAAUGAAGUCUUUGAAAACUGAAGAAGCAGCUGCCAAAAAUGACGUGCAAAAACUUCUGGAGAUAAGCCAGAAGCAGAAAGACGAAAUGAAAUCUCUGCAGGAAGCCCUCCAGAAACAGAUCAAUGAAGCUGCAUUGAAAGCAGAGAAACAGCAGGCUGGGAUCAACUUCUUAAAGGCUGAGGUGGAAAGGAAGAGCAAGCUGAUAAAAGAUUUACAGCAAGAGAAUAAAAGUCUGAAAAACAAACUUCUGUCUGGGAACAAGCAGUGUGGCAUUCACGCAGAAGAGUCCAAACGGAUCCAGUCACAGCUUAAGGAGCUACGUUAUGGGAAGAAGGAUUUGAUUUUUAAGGCACAGCAGCUGACUGAUCUUGAACGCAAACUGCUGGCAGCUAAACAGGAAUUGGAAAAGACGGAAGGUGAUAAGGGAUCCCAGCUGAAGGCUUUGAAGGAGGUGGCACGUCUCUGUGUGUCAGGAGUCCUAAAGAACCAGCCUCCCUUUAUGAGUAUCGUCCCUCCCAGGACCACAGAGAGCGGGAUCUUAUUAACCAAAAACAGUUCCCGAUUUCCUUCCUACCAGCCCUCCAGAAAGCUCCUGGAUGUCUCCCAGACUGAAAAUACCAACUUACAAAAUAAAGGGCCGGUCCCCACUGAGGCCAUGAAGAGCAAUGAUCAGGAUUUAAUGGACUGCAGUUUGCACAAGGCUGGCAAGAAUUGUUCUACAAAUCAAGACAAUAACCCUCCUACUGAAUAGGAAAACAUCUGAAAUGUGUUCAUCUCUAAAGAUGAAAAUCUACAAGACUGAGCAACGGUUCUCAAAAUCUGUUCACUUAGAGACGGCGGUUAUUGGUCAUGAAAAUGCAAAGUUCUCUGCUACAGAAGCACUGCAUAUAACACAGUAGAAAAUUUUGUAUUUGAAAUCACUCCAUUUGCCAAUUCUGUCAACCAUUUUCAUUUACACCAGUAUUCAAUAAUGUAGCAUGCUGUGUUUUUACUGCAAGCCAGCUGAUCUUUUUUAGACAAAUAGAAUCGAAUUAAGGUGAUUAGAGAAAAGUAGAAGGCUAAUUAGAGCUCAGUUUUUAUUAGAAUUAAUGGCAAUAGUAAACAGAAGGCUGCAAUAAUCCAUUUUUCUUAUUGAAACUGUCCCAUAACAUUGAUUGAUUUGACAAAACAUGGUAUGUGAUGUAUACUGAUGCUGCAAUAGUUUCGACAAGUUCCUGUUCAUGGCAAAUUGUAAAAUCUGAUCAAUCACCAAAUCAACAAACAAGAAAAUUGCUUUAGUUAAUAACAAACUAAAAAUUAAGAGCCAAAAUUCAACCUUGCAAAGUUAAGUCAUUAGUUAGCGGGUAUGAGAGCAUUCAAGGGGAUGAUUGAAUUCUUUAACAAUAAUAACUGCCUCCAGUUAAUUAACCAUUAGCAAAGCUGUUACUUCUUUUACUAAAGUAAUUCUUCCCAAGCAGAUAUAUUUCUUAAAGCACUAAUGAAUUGCCAAUUUUUUUACCGAGUAAAAUAAUGUGUUAUUUUGCUUAAAAGAAAGACUAUCUGCUGGACAUUCUGAGCGUGUGUGAUUUUCUGAAUGCUAUUAUACUUUGGUCCCAUUUCGUACUUGUAAUAAUAAUGUGCUAGAAAACUGACAACUGAAACUUUGCAAAUCUUAAUCCAAAAAAAGAAUUUCCCAUUUAUACACAAACAACAGAAAUUAACUGAAUAUGUAGGUGAAUGGAUCUCCUGUAAAAUUGCUCACAAAUUUAAUAUUUGUGGAAGGAAUAAUCCAAAACUCCUUUACAUCUGUACAAAGUCCCAUUAAUGAAGGCAGGCACAUAGACAGGGAGACAUCUUUUGCCUCGCAACACAAGUGGCUCUUUCUGAAAGUUCAUUAUAUAUAUUUUUUUCAGUUCUUAUUUUCUUUCUUGCUCUUUAUCAAACCUACCUUCUCUUACACAUUUUUACUUAUCUUGACUUUUCCCAAGAAAUUUUCUAAUUACUCUUCAAUCUCCUUGACCCACAGUAUUGAUUUUUAUCAACUUAAUUAUUUUCUUACCAACUUACACUCAUCAAUUUUCCUGCUCUGCUCAAAUUAUAUUUAUGAUUGUGUGGCUAGGUACAGCUCCAAUGACGGACGUAAGUUUGCUGACAAACCACUGUUGAUGGCCAAAUCAAAGGUGGUAAUGAAUCGACAUACCGGAGGGAGAUUGAAAAUUGAUUUGUGUUGUACCACAACAAUCUCUCACUCAGUAUCAGCAAAACCAAAGAGUUGAUUGUCGACUGUAGGAGGAAGAAGCUGGAGGUCCAUGAACUGAACCUCAUUAGGAGAACAGAAGUGGACACUGACAUAUCAAAGGAUAUCUUUUGAGAUCAGCAUACAAAUAGCAUCACAACAGCACCUCUACUCUCCUAGAAGUUUGCAUAGAUUUGGCAUGUCACCAAAAACUUGGACAAACUUCUGUAGAUGCACAGUGGAUAUUAUCCUAACUGAUUGCAUCAUAUCCUGUAAGAUAACACCAAGCCCAGGUAUGAAAAUAGCUGCAGAAAGUGGUGGAUACAGCCUAGCCCAUCACAAGCAAAGUCUUCCUUUGACAUGGAGAACUGCCACAAGAAAGCAAUGACUAUCAUCAAAGUCACCUACCAUCCAGGCCAUGGCCUCUUCUUGCUACUACCAUCAGGCCAGCGAUAUAGAGCCUUAGGACACACACGUCCAGGUUCAGGGACAGUUAUCAUCCUUAAACCAUCAGGCUCCUGAGCUUCAUUUACCUCUGCUCAAAAAUGAUUCUAUGAACUACAAAUUCACUUUCAAGGACUCUUUCCAACUCAUGUUCUCAGUUUUAUUUUUAUUUGCACCAUUUGUCUUCUUUUGCACAUCAGUCUCUGUUUAAGUAAAUCUUUUUUCAAAAAAAAAUAUAUUGUAUUUCUUUUUUCCUGUAAAUGCUAGCAAGAAAAUGAAUCUCAAGGUAGUAUAUAGUAGCACACAGAUAAUUUGAUAAUGAAUUUACUUUGAACUUUGACAGUUGACAGAAUGAAUAUUGGUAGUAGUAGUGUUAACAAGAAAGCAAUAGAUUGAUAUUGAUCAGUUGAUAAAUGGAACAGACCAAUGGCAGAUAGAAUUUAAUCCUGAUAAGCAAAAAAUGAUGCAUUUUGAAGGGAGUCACAUACAGGUAGUAUAUACACCAUGCAUGGUAGGACCCUGGGAAGUAUUAACAAACAACAGGAUGUUAUUGAACAAGAUGCAGCACAAAUAAAUAAGAUGAUGAAGAAGGUAGUGAAUGCACCCAAAUGGUUGUUGAAGUCUGUAAUGCACUGUCUUAAAAAGUGAUUGUGGCAAUUUUAAGAAACAACUGGACUAGCAUUUAAAAAUGUUAAUGUUAUAGAAGGUUAUGGGCCAAGUCCUGAUAAAAAAGGAUUAGUGUAGAUAGACACUUGAUGGUCAGCUUAAAGGGCCUGGUUGUGUUUUAUAUGAUUCUGAGACUCGUUACCGUUUAUGUUCCUACGGAAGUUAAUUCUACUUCAUCUUCUGGCUUGGAUCUUCAGAGGAUCUUGAGGCAUGGCCUUUGUUCUGUGAGUGCAAAAAGAGUAUGGAUUAUGUUUAUAAGCAGGACCAUGGAAUUGCUUUAGAAGCAAAUCAUGAACAUGCUUGUAUAUUGAAAAUGACUUUGCUUGCUGCUCGCUUCUGGAUUAUGGAGAAUCAGGAUGAAGGUUUGACAAAAGACUCAAGAUGAGGUAUUCAUCAAGCAUUAUCUGGGAUUGAUCAGAGGGCACCUGCAAGGCAUGUAUGUGUCAAUUCUGAUCUUCUGCUGGCCGAUGACCAAAGAAUAUGAACUGAUUCAUUAUACUUUGCUAUUAUCGAAAAGGUGACAAGACGAGGACUUAUGUUUGAAACCAAAAUAAUUCUCCAUUAAAGAACACAUAGAAAAUGAUUUAAAUGUCCUCCAUUAAAUCGAUAGUCAAUUUGAAAGCCCUAAUAAGAAAGCAAAAAGAAAAUCCUUCACAGUUAGAAAAUCUCAAUAACUAGUGGAUAAUGAAGUGGAGGAAUAAAUUACUAAUGUACCUGGAAGAUAAAAAUAAUUUAUUUCGAUAAAUUUCCCAUUUACUUAGAGGCAGUAUGUAAUGGAGAAUCUCCUUUUUUGGAGAGUGGUGGAACAAAGUAAUUUCGGGAUCUGAUUGAAUUCAAGUUCUAGCAGAGUGCAAGGGAAAUUCUGCAUGCUCUGUUUUAGGAUUGGUGCAGCUGGGGGAAAGAUUUGGCAGAAAGGGAAUGAAAUACCAUUGUCAUAGGAAAGAAUAAAGCCAUAAACUAUAGACAUCUACUCACUGGCCACUUUAUUAGGUACACCAGCACACCUGCUCAUUAAUGCCAAUAUCUGAUCAGUCAAUCAUGUAGCAGCAACUCAGUGCCAUAAAAAUCAUGCAGACAUUGGUCAGGAGGUUCUGCUGUUGUUCAGACCAAAACUCAGAAGGGGAAAGAAAUAUGAUCUAAGUGACUUGGACCGUGGAAUGAUUGUUGGUGCCAAACAGGGUGGUUUGAGUAUCUCAGAAACUGAUGAUCUCCUGGAGUUUUCAUGUACGAUAAUCUCUAGAGUUUGCAGAGAAUGGUUUAAACAACAAAGCUUCCAGUGAGCACAAUAGCUCAGUGGGCAAAAACACCUUGUUAAUGAGAGGAAUUAGAGGAGAAUGCCAGAAUGGUUCAAGCUGCCAGGAAGGUUACAGUAACUCAAACAGCCAUUCAUUACAACAGUGGUGUGCAAAAGAGAAUCUCUGAAUGCACAGCAUAUGGGAUCUUGAAGUGGAUGGGCUACAGCAGCAGAAAGCCACGAACACACAAAAAUACACACACAGCGGCAUCUUUACUUGGUAGCUCCUGUACCUGGUAAAGUGGCCACUGAGUGAAACUGGACCCUUUAGUGCGAAGUGGAAAGGAAAGAUAUACUGUGCAGAUCUUCAGAGGAGAUGCAAGUAGCUUCUGUUUCCGUACAGAAAUGAAACAAAGGGGGAUGAAGGAGUGACAAUGUGCUUUAUUGUUUUCAGUUCUCAUGAGUGUGACAGAAACACUGUUGGGGCUUUUCUAGCCUGAAUCAUAACAUGCUGCAUCUCCUGGCUUAUUGUGAACAAUGCCAUAGAAGGUCCCCUCACUGCUUAAUAUUUUUAAUGCACAAUGUAACAACUGGACCAUAUGCUAAGUAACAUUUUACUAUUUGAAAUCUGAACUUCAUUCAUAAUAGAUUCAUACUUGAUAAACAAUUAUUCGUACUCAUAUUAUUCAAGCCCAAAUGAAAGCAUAAAACACAGCAAGCACUCAAUUCUGUAAGUCAAGCAUCACUUAAAGCAAGUGAGAAACUGACUUAAUGCUUCAGGCUUUUAUCCAUUUCUCUCUCUGCAACUGCCACCUGAUGUGCUGUGGGUUUCCUUAUUCCAGACUUGCUGAUACUUGACAGACUUCCAUGGAUGCACAGUGGAGAGUAUCCUAACUGAUUGGAUUAUGCAUGGAAUGGAAAUACCAACACACACACACACACACACACACACACACACACACACACACACACACACACACACACACACACACACACACACACACACACACACACACACACACACAGACACACAAAA